AGCCGCAUUCGGCCCGAUCCCUCGAGUCGGUGGACAGAAGAAGAUGCGUCCGCUGAGGAGAGUGCAACUCCUGUCAAAGGGUUCGCUCCACACCAUCGCACCUUGAGGACCAAGAACAACAGCUCUCCUCUCCUUUUUUAAUUUUUUUUUAUUUAAUUUUUUUUUUUUUUAACUUUUGGUGAGUUUUUUUUUUUUUUUUUUUUGGGGACACAAUUCGAGUUGAAAACAUGGCGGACAAGGAUAGCGUGGAGAAAUACCUGGAGAACAACCCCCAGUUCGCCAAAGAGUACUUCGAUAAGAAGGUGCGGGCCGAGGCGCUGACCGCCGCCUUCUCCGCCACGCUGGACGUCAAAGACGGCGCGUCGUUCAAGGACAUGAACGCGCUGCAGGAGGCCAACGUCAUCUUCGAGCUGGUGCAGGAGCUGCAGAAGCCCGGGGACUUUGAGAAGAGCCUGCACAAGGUGCUGCAGAGGGUGGCCCUCAUCACGCAGGCCGACCGGGUCAGCUACUACAUGUGCCGCUCCAGGAACGGAAUACCCGAGCUGGCCACCUGUCUGUUCGACGUGACGCCCACGUCCAAGUACGAGACCAACCUGAUCAACCCGCAGGGAGAGAUCGUGUUCCCCAUCGAGAUGGGGGUCGUGGGGCACACGGCCACCUGCAAAAAGCCGCAAAAUGUCCCCGACGUUUCAAAGAAUCCAAAGUUCUGUGACUUUGUGGACAAACAGACUGGAUACAAGACCAAGUGCUUACUCAGUUAUCCUCUGAUCGCUGAUAAAGAGUGUAUUGGAGUUGUCAUGUUGCUUAACAAGAUAGGAGCUGAUUCCUUCAGCGCAGAGGAUGAGAAGCUCUUCCACAAGUACAUGACUUUUGCUCAGGUUGUUGCCCUUCAGCAUCACACGGCCUACAUGUUCAACGUGGAGUCCAGGAGGAGUCAAGUGCUGCUCUGGUCCGCCAGUAAAGUGUUUGAGGAGUUGACAGACAUUGAGAGACAGUUCCACAAAGCGCUCUACACUGUUAGGACCUAUCUACUAUGUGAACGUUACUCAGUGGGUCUGUUGGACAUGACCAAAGAGAAGGAAUUUUAUGACGAGUGGCCUGUGAAGCUUGGAGACGUGGAACCAUAUAAAGGACCCAAAACACCAGACGGCAGGGAAAUCAUCUUUUACAAGAUCAUUGACUACCUCCUAGAAGGCAAAGAAGAAAUCAAAGUCAUACCGGGUCCACCUGCAGAUCACUGGGCCCUGGUCAGCGGACUACCAACCUAUGUCGCAGAGAAUGGCUUUAUCUGCAACAUGAUGAACGUCGCUGCAGAUGAUUACUUCACUUUCCAGAAAGAGGCCGUGGAUGAGACGGGUUUUGUCAUCAAAAACGUCUUGUCGCUGCCAAUCGUCAACAAGAAAGAAGAAAUCGUGGGCAUCGCCACUUUCUUCAACAGGAAAGACGGCAAACCGUUUGACGAACACGAUGAGCAGAUCACUGAGGCCCUGACUCAGUUCCUGGGCUGGUCGGUUCUGAACUGCGACACCUACGACAGGCUGAACCGUAUGGAGUGGAGGAAAGACAUCGCCCAGGAGAUGCUCAUGUACCAGACCCAGUGCACCACAGAGGAGAUGCAGUCCAUCCUGAAUACCAAGGAAAAGUUUGACGCGGACCCUGAAGACUGUGACCAGAAAGAGAUGUACAAACUCCUGAAAACAAACUGCCCCGUAGCAGACAACGUCGACGGAGAGAGUCUGUACAAUUUUGGCUUCAGUGACUUCCCCGUGUCCGAGCACGGCCUCAUCAAAGCCGGCAUUCGCAUGUUCUUCGAGCUCGGAGUCGUCGAAAAGUUUAAGGUUCCUGCCGAGACGUUGACGAGGUGGAUGUACACCGUGAGGAAGGGCUACCGUUCCAUCACCUACCACAACUGGAGGCAUGGUUUUAAUGUAGGACACACCAUGUUCUGUCUGCUGCAGACAGGGAAGCUCAGGAAGUACUACUCUGAUCUAGAUGCCUUUGCUAUGGUGGCGGCAGCUUUCUGCCACGAUAUCGACCACAGAGGGACUAACAACCUCUACCAGACCAAGAGUACGUCUCCUCUGGCCAAACUUCACGGCUCUUCCAUCAUGGAGAGGCACCAUUUGGAGUACGGCAAAACACUCAUGGCAGAGGAGAGCUUGAACAUCUUCUGCAACCUCCAGAAGCGUCAGUUUGAGACCGUGCAGCACUUGUUUGACGUGUGCAUCAUCGCCACAGAUCUGGCCCUUUACUUCAAGAAGAGAACCAUGUUUCAGAACAUCGUGAAUGCCACAGAGCCCAUGCCAGAAGAAAAGGAUGCCAUUGCUUUCAUUUCCAACAAUCCCACCAGGAAGGAAAUUAUCAUGGCCAUGAUGAUGACAGGCUGUGACUUGUCAGCCAUCACCAAGCCUUGGGAGGUUCAGAGCAAGGUAGCUCUGAUGGUCGCUGCUGAAUUCUGGGAACAGGGCGACUUGGAAAGAACCGUUUUGGAUCAGCAGCCAAUUCCCAUGAUGGACAGAAACUGUUCAGAACAGCUACCCAAGAUGCAGUGUGGUUUCAUCGACUUUGUGUGCGCAUUUGUGUACAAGGAGUUCUCCAGGUUCCACAAGGAGAUCACACCCAUGUUUGACGGUCUGAACAACAACAGGUCACACUGGAACGCGCUGGCAGAGGUGUACAAUGCAAAGAUGAAGGCUAUUGAGGAUGAGAAGAAGAAACUAGAAGAAGAGGAGGCCAAAAAGGCUGGUGGCGGUGCCGGCGCCGAAGGAGGCAAGUCCAAGACCUGCACCGUCUGUUAAGGUCCUCCUGCUUGGAUCUGGACUCACCCAGUCCGCUUAGGACGGAUCUAGACAACACUAGUCUCUUCUGGUCUGACAGCUCAUCUUUUCGGAUCCUUUCCCUGCUCUCAUCUGUACCGCGUCAGUGUAGCUCUCUCUGGUUCUUUUCUGAUGCCCUCCAGUCCCGUUGGGUGAAGUCCGGCUCAGUGAAGACUGAUCUAGUCUGGAUUAUGUCGGUCUGAGCUGAAGGAGGGAGGAAGACGCUUCACCAGGACGUAACGACGGGACUGCAAGAGAAGAUGUUUGACUGCAGAGAUGUGACAUGUGUGAAGUGUUUUCCUGCUUCUUCCGAGUGCUAUGCAUGGUCAUGGUCGUUUGAAAAGCAGAGCUUUGUACUCCCCCCUCAUACGUAGUUUACUAUAGUGUGUAUACGUAGAUUUCUGACUGAGUGUAGCCAACUGUAGGUGGUGCAAAGCCCUGGCCAGAGGGAGGGGGGACUGAAACAACAACGUACUGUAGCCACAGGGACGUAAAACAAUGACUUUGUUAAACAGUUAAAGGAGCUUUGGAUGUAUGUAAAGAAAAGUAUAAUCCUCCCCUUCUGCACACAAAAGAGGGCUACUACGAUAUGAAGGCUCUGUCAACGCUGUAGUGCCGUUAGCACACGAUGAUAGCACUCGACCUACGAGGACGUACGUCCUCUCACCUUUUAAAGGCAAUGAUCUCAGUUUCUGUGAAGGUACUUUAUUUAUUUUAAUAUGUAAUUCAUCUAUAUACUUUUUUUUUUUUUGGGGGGGGAUUCUUUGAGCAUUUUGUACUUGAGCUGUCUUUACGGAUGGAGAGCUUUAGACGAGCUUUGAGUGAGCAUGUUCUGGAUCUCUGAACAGAUGUGCACUGGAAACAUAUUCAGGCCUGAAACAUCAGCUUUGAUCAAACACCUUAAAGCUGUGUUGACCUUGAGGAUUAUGCAAUAUUUACCACAGUGUUUAGAUCAAAUGUAUAACUCCAGAUUCUUUUCAUGAAUGCACAUGUAUAUACCCUAGUUUACAUAGAGACUGUAAAAGGCAGACGUGUAAACUAAAGCACAACAUAACUCUGAAGACUGUAAGAGCAACUUUUGCUUCUCUAAGCAGCCAAGAGUUUCUGUAAGAAGCUCUGAUAGGAUUUGAUUGGCCGGCCAGUGUUUAAGAUCCACAGCUUUAGGCUUUAAAUACCCUUCUUAAGGGGGGGGGGGUAAACGAGGCUACUGUCAUGUACGUGCAGACGUCUCAUGUUUGUAAAGAUGCAUCUGCUUUAUUGAUUGUAUAACGUUACGGGCAGAGUUCACUGUUUCUCACACUGAUCAGCUCAGCGUGGAUCAAUAGCUUUCUUUGUAAAACUAAACUAAAUUGAUGUGGUUAGGCAUCUGAGCUUACAGUUCAAGCUGCGGCUCUAAGCUUCCUCUUAUGCAACGUCAUCUCCUCUAAUCAAUGAGGCAUCAAUCAAAGGCGUUAAAUCCCGUCAGCGUGGCUUCGGGACUGUGUGGAAAUGGCUCGUCCGUUGCCUGACGAGAAGUGAGGAGCUGUUGUAACGCAAACCUUUGCCCAAUCCAACCCCAGGUGAAGUGUUUUCAAUCAUUUUUUGACUCCACUGUAGUUACCGCACAUAUUUUAUAUGAAUUAUUACACCUCCAGUUCUGUCUCCAGUGAUUAAAAAUGGCCCUCAAGCUUUUCCUUCGGAUCUUCUGUGUGAUACCAAAUGUUGCACCGUGUACUUUCAACUUAUUCCAUCAAUUGUUAUUGAGACAUUAGAAAUCUGUCAUUUUUGAUGUGUAAAAUUACCUCAGCUGCAUGUAUCAGUGACAAGAUGUAAUAUGUGUAAGCAAGUAUAGGAUGUCAUGGCAGUGUUAAAAUAAAGAGUAACCCUUUUUCUCAUUACA